CUCAAACACAAAAUGACAGAACCUAAAACCCUCGAGGCUGGAGAAAAGAAUGCAAAUCCUGGAAUAGCAGCUAGCCUUAAGCGCCUGCUUAAUGGUGGAGAAGGGCAUGGCACACAAUAUCUCAUUCCUGGAGCUCUUGUCACAUUUCUCUUCUUCUUGUGGGGCUUUUCAUACGGCAUGUUGGACACUUUGAACAGCCACUUUCAGUCUGUCUUGGGGAUCAGUAAAUUACAGUCUACAUGGUUGCAAGUAGCAUACUUUGGUGCAUACUUUGUGAUGGGAUUCCCACUAUGGCCACCGGCUGGUCACAUCAUGCAACGAUUUGGUUACAAGAAGGGUAUCAUUUUUGGUUUGUGCCUGUUCGUCAUUGGUGCGAUUUGCUUUUAUCCCGCCGCUAUUUCACUGCAAUAUGGUGCUUUCGUUGGUUGUUUGUUCGUCAUUGCAUGCGGCCUCGGUACACUCGAAAAUGCCGCAAACCCUUAUAUCACUGCACUCGGAUCUCCCCGUUGGGCAUCAUUCCGUAUUAAUGCCGCUCAGGCUUUCAACGGUGUUGGAACUUUUAUCUCUCCAUUGAUUGCUUCAAAGGCUUUCUUCGGCAACACUGACGACUCAACUGCCAGUACCGCCGACAAGCUUGUAUCCGUCAAGUGGGCUUAUGUUGGCAUUGGAUGCGGUGUCUUUGUCAUCAUGCUUUUGUUCUGUCUUGCCAAGAUCCCUGAGAUUGAUAUGGAAGCUGAAAUUGUCGAAGAGAGUGGCGAAAAGAAGAGAGCCUCUAUGUGGUCGCCACAUUACUUGCUUGGUAUUGUUGCCCAGCUCUUAUACACUGGCGCACAAGUAUCGCUUGCAAGUUUCUUCAUCAACUUCGGUACUGACGUUGGUGGUUUCUCAAAGGCUGCCAGCUCUACGUAUUUGUCAUACGGUCAAAUUGCAUUCACAGUUGGUCGAUUCGUUGGCACCUUCUUGAUGCGAUUCAUGUCAUCUUCCAAUCUCAUGGGUAUUUUCGCUGUUAUUGUUACCAUACUUAACAUUGUCGUCGUCGCGGUACCCAAUCCAAACAUGACCUUCCUUCUGAUCGUCAUCAUGUUUUUUGAGAGUAUCAUGUUCCCCACAAUUUUCGCCUUGGCAACUAAGGACUUUGGACGUAACUACAAGACCGCCAGUUCAAGAGUUGUUGCUUGUGUCUGUGGUGGUGCUAUUAUUCCCCCAUUGCAAGGUGUCAUUGCGGAAAAGAGAGGAACCCAGUUUUCCUUCAUGCUUCUGAUCUUCUGCUACGCCUAUGUUGUCUUCUACUCAUUCUUCGGUUGCCACUGGAUCAAGUAUGUAGACGUCGAUGAUAGAACCGAUUUAGAUGACAUUCAGCAAGAGGUUCAAGAGAAGAAUCAUCGUGAACAGCCAGAAGACUCUCAACCUGUUGCUGAUGAUGUCCAUCAUGACAAUGGAAAAUUUUAUUAAUAUCGUAGUGUAACUCAGUAACUGCUGGCUAGUAGCUUAAACCCCU